AUGUGGCAGUUUGCUAAUGAGGUGACGCCCUGCAUGGGCAGCACAUUGUCAGGUGGAAGAGGAAACCGAGACAAGCCGAGAGAGAGGUUUACGAUCUUUUCUGUCCUACCAGCCAUGGAUAGGAAGCAGAAGCAAGCAGAGAAGGCCCGGCCCUACGGCCUGCUGAAGCCAACAACUUUAGGCAAGAUCCCAGGCAGAUUCCAACUUCAUCAGGAAGCGUUGCCCCAUCUCCCCGUGCCACCGCUCCAGCAAACACUAGACCGCUACCUGCUGGCUCUGCAGCCCAUCAUCAGCGAGGAGGAGCUGAACCACACACAGGAGCUGGUAACUGAGUUCCGCAAGCCAGGAGGCGUCGGGGAGAGGCUGCAGAAAGGCCUGGAGAGAAGAGCCAAGAAAACAGAGAACUGGCUCUCAGACUGGUGGCUGAAGACAGCUUACCUGGAGUAUCGCCUGCCAGUUGUGGUCCACUCCAGCCCAGGUGUGGUUUUACCUAAGCAGGAUUUUAUGGAUCGACAAGGUCAGCUCAGGUUUGCUGCCAAGCUGAUCGAGGGCAUCCUGGAUUUCAAGACCAUGAUUGACAAUGAGACCCUUCCAGUGGAGUACAUGGGUGGGAAGCCCCUCUGCAUGAACCAGUACUACCAGAUCCUCUCAUCCUGCCGCAUUCCUGGGCCCAAGCGGGACUCCAUUGUCAACUAUGCCAAAGGCAAAAAGCAGUCCAGACACAUCACAGUGGUUCACAACUUCCAGUUCUUUGAGCUGGAUGUUUACAACAGUGACGGAAGUCCCCUUACCACUGACCAGCUCUUCACUCAGCUGGAGAAGAUAUGGAACACCUCUCUCCAAACAAACAAAGAACCUAUUGGGAUCCUCACCACCAACCACCGAAACAGCUGGGCAAAAGCCUACAACAACCUUCUGAAAGAUAAGACCAACAAGGAAUCUGUGCGUACGAUUGAGAAGAGCAUUUGCACCGUCUGCCUUGAUGCGCCUAUGCCACGGGUGUCUGAGGACAUCUACAAGAGCCGUGUGGCCGCUCAGAUGCUGCAUGGCGGAGGCAGUCGCUGGAACAGUGGGAACCGAUGGUUCGACAAAACCCUUCAAUUCAUCAUUGCUGAAGAUGGCUCCUGUGGUCUUGUAUAUGAGCAUGCUCCCUCAGAAGGCCCACCCAUUAUUGCUCUUCUGGAUCACAUCGUGGAGUACACGAAGAAACCUGAGCUGGUAAGAUCACCCAUGAUUCCUUUGCCAAUGCCCAAAAAGCUGCGAUUUAACAUCACCCCAGAAAUCAAGAAUGACAUAGAGAAGGCAAAGCAGAACCUCAACAUAAUGGUUGAAGACCUGGAUGUCAAAGUCCUGGUCUUUCAUCACUUUGGGAAAACCUUCCCCAAGUCAGAGAAGAUAAGUCCUGAUGCUUUUAUCCAGCUGGCCUUGCAGCUCGCAUAUUACAGGAUGUAUGGCCACACCUGUGCCACAUACGAGAGUGCAUCGCUAAGGAUGUUCCGCCUGGGCCGCACAGAUACCAUCCGCUCUGCUUCUGUAGACUCUCUUAAGUUUGUGCAAUCAAUGGACAGCCCUGACAAAUCGGACCAGGAGAAAGCAGACCUGCUGAGGAGAGCUACCCAGGCCCACAGGGAAUACACUGAUAUGGCAAUAAGGGGCAAUGCAAUAGACCGCCACCUCUUAGGCUUGAAGCUUCAAGCUAUUGAGGACCUAGUGAGCAUACCUGAACUGUUCAUGGACACAGCGUAUGCUGUUGCAAUGCACUUCAAUCUCUCCACCAGCCAGGUCCCAGCAAAGACAGACUGUGUGAUGUGUUUUGGUCCCGUGGUUCCAGAUGGCUAUGGAAUCUGCUACAACCCUAUGGCUGAACAUAUCAACUUCGCAAUUUCAGCAUUCAACAGCUGUGCUGACACAAACGCAGCCCGCAUGGCACAUUAUCUUGAGAAAGCACUGCUAGACAUGAGGAUCUUGCUCCAGUCCACUCCCAAAUCCAAACUGUAAGAGGCAAACAUGACGCAGAACCCCCAGCUAAAGGGGCCAUCCCUCAUGCACUGAAGUUCCCAGUUCCUCAGAAAAUGAUUGAGGGGACAGCUUGCCCUGGAACCUAGGAGGGCAUCUACCAUUUGUUUUCAGCAAGAGGUUACAGAAUAGUCAGCUGCAGGUAUUAGACUCUGUGGUGAGAGGAAACACUGUCUUAAGCCAAAGUAGAACUGACUGGUCCUGUCCCAUCAAUGCAAAGUGCACCUUCCUGUCCUCAAAGAGGACUGAAAUAGGAUUUUAUGGAACUUACUGUAAAAGAAUACAGAAAGUACAGUCAUUACCAAUAUCUAAAUCCAUUUGGUGAGGACGGUAAUUCUUCUCCAGGAAAAACAGGGAAUGUUUAUUAUAUGAUGGAACUACUAUAAGACGAAGUCUUUUGCUGGUUUAGUGUUCUGAAGAGCACAGCAUCUUUCAAACUUGACUGAAGAUUCUUCUGCUGCUCCAGCACAACUUCACCAGGGGAGAAAGAAGUUCUUAAGUCAGAGCAGAUCCAGUCUCAUUAGAGUGCACUGCACUACUUAUCCCAGGCAAUCUGACCAUUACAUGCUUUACAGGCCUGGGAAUAGUUCCCUUCCCCUUGUUCUAGGAUGCUGGGAUCUCCUUUCUGUUGCACUGACCCUAUUAACAACAGAAUAUCAUUUGCUACAAACUAAGUGUUUUUUUGUUGUUGUUCUGGGCUUUUUGUUAAGCUUGCUGUUGUGGUCCUAGCCACUGAUCUUCAGACUCAGCGUAAAGCCUUUUCCCCUACAAAGCUUCUAUGAAACUUCUCUCUCACACAGGUUUUGCUAGCUUUGGCUUCAUGUAACUUAACAUUUGUAGAGAUGAGGAGGGAUUGUCUAUGCAUUUAGCAGGACGCUUGCUUCAUUGUACCUUUCUUUGGAAUAGAGGAAAAGAAAAAGAUGCUGACCUUCUGUUUACUAGCCAGAAGGCCACAUGCCUAGUCUCCCUUCAGGGCACACAUGUUAACCCAAUGUGGUUUUAUACCUUGCUUUCAGAAACAACGUAUCUAUGCACCAUCUGUUAUGCCCAAGUUGUGGAGAAGUAAGAAUGUUUCUGAUCAGGAACUC